UCGGACCAAUCAGAAGAGGACUUUCAUGCGGUUCCUCUUCUCCUCGAUUGGCACUGGCCCGCUUCUCAUACAUCCAGCAAAUUCAACAUGGCGGAGCAAUAACAAACGGUUGUGCGUAAUUUCAGCUCUGGGUAACACUUCUUGGGAAUAUGGCUGACAAAAAAGGGAAACACGUAAUCGCGAAGAGGACCCUGACCAAGAAAGAACAAGAGGAAUUGAAGAAAAAGGAAGAAGAGAAGGCAGCUGAGGUGUUUGAGGAGUUUUUGGCAUCUUUCGACAGCAAUGAGAGAAGCGGGGUGAAGACGUUUGUGCGCGGGGGGGUCGUCAACGCCACUAAAGAAGAAGAAGCUGCGGAGGUGAAGAAGAGCAAACUUUAUCGACCAACCACUAAAUUUGCACCGCUGCCUCAGAAUAUCUUAUCGUCUCAGCCGCCCGAAAGGAAGCCACUCGUGAAAAAGAAGACCGAAGAAAAGAAGAAGAGCAACCUUGAGCUCUUCAAAGAGGAGCUAAAGCAAAUACAAGAAGAACGGGAGGAAAGGUACAAGAGGAAGAAGAAUGACCCCGGAGGCUUUUCCGACCUGGACUUGCCGCAGUCUCGACGGUCACUGUUUGACGAUGAUCCUGGAAUGCCUAAUACCACCAAUCUCUAUAUUGGAUGCAUUAAUCCUAAGAUGAACGAGGAAAUGCUCUGUAAAGAGUUCGGCAAGUUUGGCCCGUUGGCAAGCGUGAAGAUCAUGUGGCCGCGCACCGAUGACGAACGCACAAGGGUCACCAACCGCGGCUUCGUGGCCUUCAUGACGCGUAAAGACGCUGAGCGGGCGCUGGCAGCGCUGGACGGUAAAGUGGUCAUGGGCUUCGAAAUGAAGCUCGGCUGGGGCAAAGCUGUCCGCAUCCCUCCCCAGCCGCUGUACACCCCCAUAAGUGUACUGAAACGAUCCACACCCCCGCCCCCUUCUGGCCUGCCUUUCAACGCUCAGCCUCGGGAGCGAUUCCGCAACGAUUUCACCAAGCCGUUAAACAUGUCCAAGGAUGAGUUCGACAAGACUCUGUCCGAAGCCGUAGUCAAAGUGGUUAUCCCAACAGAAAGAAACCUUUUAGGGCUAAUCCACAGAAUGAUAGAGUUUGUGGUGCGUGAGGGGCCCAUGUUUGAAGCCAUUAUCAUGAGUAACGAGAAGAACAACCCUGACUUCAGGUUUCUGUUUGACAACAAGAGUCAAGCACAUGUGUACUACAGAUGGAAACUGUUCUCUAUCCUGCAGGGCGAGUCCCCCAACGAAUGGAGGACCUCAGACUUCCGCAUGUUCCGCGGAGGAUCCUUGUGGCGGCCGCCCGCGCUCAACCCCUACCUGCAUGGUAGCGAGGAUGGCAAUGAGGAGGAGGAAGAGGAAGAGGAGUUGAAGAAAGGGCAGCUGAAGGCAGAGCAUCGAGACAAGCUGGAGAAUAUCUUAAGAGGGCUGACGCCAUCCAGAGAGGACAUCGGGGACGCUAUGGCCUUCUGUUUGGAGAGGGCGGAGGCGGCUGAGGAGGUGGUGGGCUGUAUCGCGGAGUCGCUCUCGCUGCUCCAGACCCCUCUUCAGAAAAAGAUUGCACGAUUGUAUUUGGUAUCUGAUAUUUUGUACAACUCGUGUGCCAAAGUUGUCAACGCAUCCUACUAUCGAAAAUACUUCGAAGCGAAACUGCCCCAGAUAUUCGGAGACAUCAGUGAAGCGUAUCGCAAUGUCCAGGCCAGGCUUCAGGCUGAGCAGUUCAAGCAAAAGGUCAUGUCAUGUUUCCGGGCAUGGGAAGACUGGGCCAUUUAUCCGGAAUCCUACUUAAUCCAGCUACAAAAUAUUUUCUUGGGCCUGGUGAAGGCAGGGGAAGAGGUGAUUGUGAGGUCAGAGUCCCCAGACCUCGACGGUGCCCCUCUGGAGGAUGUGGAUGGCGCCCCCUUGGAGGAUGUGGACGGUGUUCCCCUGGCAGGUCCCCCCUGGGACCCAGCCUCCCUGGACGGGGUGCCCGUAGAUGACAUCGAUGGUGUCCCCCUAGGUGACACUAUGGAUGACAUUGAUGGAAUGCCAUUGGAGGAGGCGUCUGAUAAAGAGAAAAGUGUCCAGCACCCCAGAGUCGCUCUGUCCAAGUGGGAGAGGGUGGAUGAUGCUGAGGUCCUGCCACAAGCAAACACUGAAUCAAAAUGGGACUUGCUUGAAGACCAGGACUCUGAAGACAAUAUGAAUGUAAGUAGUGCAGACACCAAGGACGUCGACAGGGACUCUACAGAUGACAGCAGCGACGAAGACUCCUGCAGCCCCUCGAAGUUUGAAGGUGCUGAUUUUAAAAGCUCCGUGACCAACUUCGAACUGUCCGAAAGCAAGAGGACCAAGCUACGGGAGCUGGAGGUGAAGGUAAUGAAGUUUCAGGAUGAGCUGGAGUCUGGAAAAAGGCCGAAGAAGUCAGGAAAGACUGUACAGCAACAGGUGGAACACUACAGAAACAAGCUGCUACAGAAGGAAUUUGAAAAGGACGACCUGGAAAAGAGGGAGAAAUCGGCACAGAAGUUGAAAGACCGAGCCAAGAAGGACGAGAAGCGAGACAAGGCAGAUGACCGAAGUAAGAGCAAGGACAAGGACAGGAAGAAAAGCAAGGAACUGAGUCAGGACCGAGAUCGGAACAGAGGGCGGAGCAAAGGAGAGGAGGAGGAGAAGAACAGGACUGACCGCUACAAGGCAGGGUCUCCCUCAAUAACAAAAUCAAAGUCUCCGAAGAAGUCCAAGCGCUCACGAUCUCCAUCCCCGAGCCGACGGUCAUGGAGGUCGAGCUCGAGGUCCCCACACCGUUCUCACAAAAAGGCAAAGAAGAGUAAACACUGACCAUCCCACCUCAUCCCCCUCGCCUCCCCUCCGUCUGCACACAGCAGCCAGCCAGCCAGCACCCACGGACUGCUGCUUCUCCACCGGCCUGUGGGCAGGGUCUUUCGCUUCCAUCCCACAAUGCCCUUGCAGGGAGACUCCAGACAGCUGUUUCCCUCCCACAUCCCUAAUGCUACAUCAGAUUGAGCCAAGGUUUGGUACAUUUUUGUUAAUGAAGUUUGACAUUUUUUGUACAGUUUUUGCUUUUUUUUCUCAACUGUUGCAAGAAUGUUCCUAAAACUUUACAAUAAACAACUUUAGUCCUGA